AUGGAGAAGAGGCUGGAAGACCAUUUCAGCAUCAGCUCUCUGCACGUUUUGGGAGAUUUCCUUGGAAAAGCUGCCAAGUGGUUGGGCCGAAUUCACCUGCUCUACAUGUGUGCCUGCCUCAACGCUUUCUGUUCCUAUACAGAUGCAAGCUGGAACAGGAGUGCAUGCCAGCCCGGGAGGCCUCUGGUGGGGGGCCACUUGAGGUCGUUGGACGGAGUCCACCUCCAGCUGCUGGACGGGUUUCAUUCUGUCUAUUCUUGUCGAGCGGCUUGCUGUCAGAGCCCUGACUGUGAUGCUUUCUGGCUCAUGGGCAAAACGUGCGUCCAGGUGAACUGCGCCAGUCCCCCCGCGUGUCGGGCGAUACGGACCAACGCUACAGACUCCAUCUUGGUAUUUGUAAAGAAGCCCCGCAAUGCAUUAUCCUCCCAGCCUGCGGCAGAGAGGAAAGCUCAGCUUCCUAAAUGGUUGGACUCGAGGGAGGGACAUGCCAGAACUAGUGCAAGGAUGCGGAGGUCCUUCCGAGAUCUGAUGACUGGGAGAGCACACAAAGCGGAUGACGUCAGGCGCUCUCUAAAGAGAGAGAUAAGUUCCAGCAGUGGAAGUCCGGCGAGCCCCCCCUCUCCAUCUCAGCCCUCGGAUAGUAAGGACCUGGCAGAGCCUCAGUCUUCAGGGCAAGGCACAAACCUCCCCAGAGACCCUGUGAACCCAGACAGGGUCGCGCCGCAAAACGGUGAAGAUUUAAAGAGUUCAAAAUCUCAAAGCCCAUCUCUUCCUCUGACUAAUAAUGUGAACAGCCCAAGCGGUCUUGCUGGGAGUGUUGCCGAGGGGGCCCCUGCAGUAGCUGCUACUCCGGAACCGUCUCCUGUAGCUCCGUUCUCCAGUCCUGCUGUACCGGGGUUGGUGCCCGUUGGGGACUCUGAGAAGCCCAAGCCGUCCAACGCUUCCAUCCAGCCUUUGUCUUUGGAAGAGGCUGUUCCAAGUUCCAGCACUCUUCAGGGGAAAGAUACUGUGACGGUUCAGCAGGCGACCUCUGUUCCCAUCGGCAUUCCCACCAACGACAGUGUUACUGUGGCCCCAACCAAUACUGCCACAUUGCCCAGCACCGUUGCCCCAACACCGGUUAUUAAGAAACUGGCGGUUUCUGCUGGAGACAGUGUACAGGUGACCCUUCCAAAGAAUGAAGUGGAGCUGAAUGCGUAUGUCUUGCCUCCGCCAACUGAAGGAAACUCCUAUUCCUACGACUGGAGACUGAUCACCCAUCCCACUGAUUAUAGCGGAGAAAUGGAGGGCAAGCACUCACAGAUCCUCAAGUUAUCCAAACUCACAGUUGGCCUGUAUGAAUUCAAGGUAAUAGUCGAGGGUGAUAAUGCACACGGUGAAGGAAGAGUGAAUGUGACGGUGAAGCCAGAGCCUCGAGUAAAUCAGCCCCCCGUGGCAAUUGUGUCUCCCCCGUUCCUGGAGAUCUCAUUGCCAACCACCUCUACGGUAAUUGACGGCAGCCAAAGCACCGACGAUGACCGGAUUGUCAGCUACCACUGGGAAGAACUGAAGGGACCUUUGCGGGAAGAAAAGGUGUCUGCAGAUACUCCUAUUCUGAAACUGACCAAUUUGGUACCUGGAAACUACACAUUCAGCCUCACCGUGGUGGACUCAGAUGGUGCCAGUAACUCCACCACCGCCAGCCUGGCUGUGAACAAAGCUGUGGAUUACCCGCCUACGGCGAAUGCAGGUCCCAACCAAGUGAUCACUCUGCCCAAAAACUCCAUCACCCUUUAUGGGAACCAGAGUACCGAUGACCACGGCAUUGUCAGCUACGAAUGGUCCCUGAGCCCCAACAGCAAAGGAAAAGUAGUGGAGAUGCAGGGAGUGAGGACGUCAACUUUGCAGCUCUCUGCAAUGCGUGAAGGUGACUACACCUACCAGCUGAUGGUGACAGAUUCUGCUGGGCACCAGUCCACUGCUGAGGUGACUGUGAUUGUGCAGCCCGAAAACAACAAACCACCUGAGGCAGAUGCGGGUCCAGACAAAGAGCUCACCCUCCCGGUGGACAGCACUACUCUAGAUGGCAGCAAGAGCUCAGAUGACCAGAAGAUAGUCUCUUACCUUUGGGAAAAAACAAGGGGCCCAGACGGCGUGAAACUGGAGAAUGCCAACAGCAGCAUUGCCACGGUCACCGGGCUGGAGGUCGGCACGUAUGAAUUCACGUUGACUGUCAAGGACGAGCGGAACUUGCAGAGCCAGAGUUCAGUGAUGGUCAUCGUCAGGGAAGAAAUGAACAAGCCCCCUGUUGCGAAAAUUGCCGGGGGCAUUGUUGUCACCCUUCCGACGAGCACAGCUGAGCUCGAUGGGUCGAGGUCCAUGGACGACAAGGGAAUCGUCAGUUUCCUGUGGACUCGGGAUGACAGCAGCCCUGCAGCUGGGGAGGUGUUAAAUAAUUCGGAUCAUCACUCAGUGCUUUUUCUCUCCAACCUGGUGGAAGGGACGUACAUGUUUCACCUGAAAGUGACAGAUGCCAAAGGAGAAAGCGACACAGACAGAGCCACAGUUGAAGUGAAGCCUGAUCCAAGGAAAAACAACCUCGUGGAGAUGAUCCUUGAUGUGAAUGUUAGCCAGUUGACGGAACGGCAGAAGGGCAUGUUCAUCCGUCAGAUAGGUGUUCUGCUGGGCGUCCUGGAUUCAGACAUUACCGUGCAGAAGAUUCAGCCUUAUACUGAGCAGAGCACCAAGAUGGUGUUCUACGUAAAGAACCAGCCUCCUCGCCAGAUCUUCAAAGGGCGCGACAUUGCUUGGACGCUCCGAAAUGAGCUGCGGAAGCAGCAGUCGGACUUCCUCAUUUUCAGAGCGCUGGAGAUCAACACAGUCACGUGCCAGCUGAACUGUUCGGAGCACGGGCACUGCAACUCCUUCACCAAGCGCUGUGUGUGCGACCCUUUCUGGAUGGAGAACUUCAUCAAAGUGCAGAUUGGCGAUGGGGAGAGCAACUGUGACUGGAGCGUGCUGUACGUUGUCAUCGCCUCCUUCGUCAUCGUGGUGUCCUUUGGGAUUUUCUCCUGGGCUGUGGUCUGCUGCUGCAAGAAACGGAAAGGAAAACCCAGGAGGAAGAGCAAAUACAAGAUAUUGGAUGCCACAGAUCAAGAGAGUCUGGAGCUGAAACCAAAUCCCAAAGCAGGCAGCAAACAGAAAGCUCAGGUCCAGAACACCAGUCUGAUGCAUUCAGAAUCUGAGCUGGACAGCGACGAGGCAAUCUUCACAUGGCCGGAUCGGGAGAAAGGAAAACUCUUGCGCAACCAGAAUGGGUUCCUGCGCAACGGGCAGGCGGCACCCAAGCCGAAGAGCCAGCGAGAGGAAAUCCUAUAGCCUCAGGCCGGCCUUGGCUGAG